AUGGCGGACCUGUGGCUACACGAUUAUCAAAUAGCCGUGCUCCAACACCAGAACCUGGUGACUCAGUUGGCACUUCACCAGAUCCAGGCCAGAAGGAGGAGAAGAAGAAGAAGAAGAAGACCUCAAGUACCUCGAGCAAUCUGGGUGAGACCAUGGAUCAGCAGGCGUCGUCAGUUUGGCAAGUAUGACCAGCUGCUGGUGGAGCUCCGCAAAGAGGACCAGAGGGCCUUCAAGAACUUCCUCAGAAUGCCCCCAGAGAUGUACGAUGAGCUGGUACAGCGAGUUGGUCCCAGGAUCACCAAACAAAGAACCUGGUACAGGGAGCCCCUGGAUCCUGGUCUGAAGAUUGCCAUCACUCUGCGCCACAUCGCUUCUGGGACCAAGUACGCGGCCAUGAAGUUUGGUUGCAGGGUACCCCACAACACCCAGUCACUGGCCGUGAGAGAAGUCUGCCAAGCCAUCAUUGACGAGUACCUGGACGAGGCGAUGACCUGCCCCACAACCCCUGAAGGCUGGCGUGAGAUCCAGAUCAGUUCAUGGAGAAGUGGAACUUCCCACAUACCUGUGGUGCCCUUGAUGGGGUUCUACUCCAUCGUGCUCAUGGCACUGGUAGAUGCGGACUACAAAUUCCUCUGGGCAGAUGUGGGUAGUCCCGGAGCCUCGCCAGACGCCCAGAUCUACAACGAGUCUGAACUCAGAGAAAUGGCUGAAGAUGGAACCAUUGGCUUCCCUGCUCCAGAUCCUCUUCCUAAUGACUACAAAGAUGUGCCAUACUUCUUCGUCGUUGAUGACGCGUUUGGCCUACGGAAGCACACGAUGAAGCGAUACACCUUGCGUGGUCUUACAGAUUUAGAGAAGAUCUUCAAUUACAGACUGUCCCGAGCCAGGAGGGUUGUUGAAAAUGCCUUUGGCAUUCUGGCAAACCGCUUCCAGAUUUUGCUUACCACAAUGCAGCACCACCCAUCCACCGUCAAGAUCAUCGUGAAGGCAUGCAUUGUUCUCCACAACUUGAUGAGGACGAGGUAUCCAACAGAAAUGUCUCCCAAGGAGAUGACAGAAAAUUGGUAA